GUGCACAAUACCAACAGGAUCAAGGUGGAAUAGGAUUGGGAAAGGGAAUACAAUUUUGGGUUUUUUUUUUUUUUUUUUUUUUCGUGUUUUUAAAGUUUUUAACGUUUUCCUUCAGCUGUAACUAUCGUGGGGGUUAGGGCACCUGAAUCUGCUAUCAUCAAUUGACCCUCCUUCAUUUCUGGAUCCAAGUGUUCCUUUUUCGUGCAACACAAUCGAAAUUUGAAAUGCUCAAUAAAAUUUUCAUCCAAAGCUCAUCUGAGAUCUUAAGUGAAGAAAACAAUGAUCUGGGUGGUGACCAAGAUGAGGUUUUAGGCUUGGAUUUGAAGUCUCUGAAGAUUUUGCUGAAGCAAGGAGUCUUUAUUUGGGCAAUGCUUUGUUGUCUUUUGGUUUUCGCGUGCAAGAGAGUGCUUGUGGUGGAGGGAGUGGUGAAUGCAGGGUACGGAGUGAUUGAGCAGUAGGCAUUGUUGUUGAGGAAUGCGUGACCUAAGGUUUCUAUGGUUCUUAAGAUUUUCAAAGAGCAAGGUGUGAUUCUGAUUGCACUUUUAGGUCUAUCUGCAUUCUUCUCAAUGGCAGACUUCUGUAACCAUGGAAGGUUUGCUUUCUUUGUUUGAAGAUUGAUUGUUCUUAUAAUUAGUAAAUAGCAAUUAAAAUC